CUCGGAAAUGUCACAUCAUCUGUUCAUCCUUUCGCCUUCAGAUACGCCAAUAUACAAUCUUACUUACUCUUCGACAAAACCUGCGCCAACGAUAACAUCUCCGCUUUCUUCAAACUUACCUACAUGGUCAACAUCAGCUUUCGCUGGGACGCUCACUGCCCUAUCAGGAGCAUCGAGCACAACACAACACACGACUGGCGGAGGAGUGCGAAUUGGAGGCGGUCAAGAUAGACAUGUUAUUCAGAUGAUUGCCAAUGCAAGCCUGGAUGCAGUGGAAGACGUAAUGAGGAAAGAGGGUACGAUGUACCUCAAGAGCGUUGAUAAAUUCAACGAAUGGACUGUGUCAGCCUUCAUUACACCUGGAAACACUAAAUUCGUGCUCCUGCACGAAGCCAAGAAUGACGAGGGAAUCAAAUCUUUCUUCCUCGACGUCUGGGAGUUAUAUGUAAAGACGAUGCUCAAUCCAUUUCAUUCGAACCAACAAAUGAUACGGAGUUCUACGUUUGAUUCUCGGGUACGGGCGAGUGCGAAGAAAUAUUUGUGAUCACAGGGUAAUGAAGCAAGUUCACCCAGUGCUUUGUCGUCUUCUUUCAUAGGAUAGUUAUGAUAAAGAACUUGAAAUUUAAAUGAAAAUCUGGACAUAAAGAACUCCAAGCUUUUCGAGGCUUUGUUGUACAUGUACAUUAGUUCGGCGUUCGUGCUUUGUCCAUGAGGCUGUGCUGUUU